AUGCGAUCGAUGGCAAGAGCGAUACUGCCUGGCACAAGCGACCCUCCGACAAGGGACACACUUUCAUUGUCGAUCUUGGGGCGUGGUACCAAGGUGGGCGCCGUUGUUGUCCUUCCUCCAACUGAUACGGAUACCGAAGGUCUCAUUACCCAGCACAAGAUCUGGGUCAGCGAAGAUCAUGAAACUUGGACCGGGCCUGUCGCAUAUGGAAUGUGGCCCAUUACAAACAGACAGCGAAUAAUCACUACCGAUGCCGAUAAAGAAAAUCCCUGGAUCGGUAUCGCUGAACUGAACAUCUAUGGAACUCUGCUACACCAUUCCUCGUGUCUGGGGGCCAACUCUGGAUUUCCCAAUUGUGCUCUGUCUCCCGGUGCUCAGGAGGGAUCUGGCAUGCUUGCUCUUUAUCCCCGUGGGCCGAUGACCUAUUCCAUUCGACCCUUGAGGAAAGACUGUUGGUGA